AUGUUGGAUGAUAGUUUUCCUCAUAAUUUGUCUGUUGAUCCUAAUUUUUAUUGCAUAUGCUUCCAUAUAAAACUGUUGUGCUUUAGGAUGGCUAUAUGGAUUGAUUUACUUUAAGGCUAAAGAUAAAUGAAUUAAAUUAUAAUUGUAAAUAUAUUAAUUAUAUUUUAAACUAGUUUUGAUUUAAAAUCUUGGAAGCUCGUGUGAUUAUUAUAUUUUAUAUUAAUAUUUAUUAAUAAAGAGACGAGAANAAUCAAGCUAUUGACACCAUUUUAAAUUUAUUAAUUGUAUAGGGAUAUUUUACCCUAUUUUAAAGGGACCUUUAAUACAAUAACAUUCAAUUAUUUUAACAAAAUUGGAAUUUAAAAAUCCCAAAAUAAUUCUUAGUCAAGGAUUAAAUGGGCAAUUAUUAUGUUUAUCAAGAAUGUCUCAAAAUUAAUAGUAAAAGUUUUGUGCCCUUCUAAAUUACGUCACCAAUCGAACAAUAUAUUUCUUCAUUUUUUAACUAUUUUUAUUUGGCAACAAAUAAAAAUUUGGCAUUAUCUGAUUGCGUCUAUGGAGAGUCUAAUGAUAACAAAGAAAUCAUAAUAUUUACCAUUAUAAUACAUUCAAACUACAAAUAUGGAUUAUCAGUAUUUGAUUUAGGGAAAACUAAAAUUAAGGAUUUCGAAAAAAUAUUUGAAGUUUCUAAAGGAAAAACUUAAUAAUUUUGGUCUAAUGAGUUAGAAAAUCGGGCUAAAAAAGUUUGGUAUGAUCAAUAUUGA